CUGUGUAGCAGCACGGCUUGUAUAAACUCAUCUAUUGGGCAAGUUAGAACAUGCAUAUGAUGUCACAGCAGUGCAGAGAUGGUAGAAGAUGGCAGAGCAACUGCUGGUUGGAGAACCUGACACAGGUUCUGCUACUGACACCUUCAUGGCAGGCAACCGUCUCAAUCUAGAUGUGUACCCACAGGGCUGCAGCCUUUUCACUGGGCUGAUUAAGAAAUGGCAAAAAGACCUGCUGCAGGUGGAGUUUCUAAGACUGAACUGUAAUGAAGAAGACAUCUUUUCUGCAGUAACCCUUGUUCCAGCACUGCAAAGUUUGAAGUCAGUCGUACUAAAAGGUGGCCAUGUUAGGGAUAGACUUGGAAUUUGUCAGCGAGGCUUCUUAUGUAGCUUGCCAGAAAGCUUUGGACAACUUAAGCAACUUUCCCACCUAGACCUGAGCUUUAAUAGUUUCUCUGCUUUGCCAGAAUGUAUCACUGAACUUUGUAACCUCUCUGCUCUGCUGUUGUGCCAUAAUCAGCUGUCUUCAUUACCAGAAAGUAUCAACCGACUAAGUAAGUUGACCUUCCUCUCGGUUAUGAAGAAUGAUCUCCAGGAACUGCCAAGGAGCAUUGGUGAGCUCAGGGUGCUUCAUAAAUUAGAUGUUUCUGAAAAUGUACUUCAGACUGUUCCUGAUGAAAUUGGAAAUCUUGUCAGCUGCACUGAGUUAGACCUCUCAGGGAACGUACUCCAAAAAGUGCCCGAGUCUGUCGCUAAUUUAGUUUCACUGCUGGAGCUUCAUCUUCAGUGCAAUUGCUUAGUGACGAUUCCAGCUGGUAUUGCCAGUCUCCCUAACUUGACUAAACUUGAACUACAAAACAACAGCUUGCGUUUCAUUCCCCCUGAGAUCCUGAAUUUACCCUUUGUGAAUUUAAAAGGCAACCCCAUUGGGAAAACAGAAACCUCAGAACAACAAGAUGAAGUUGCUGUUGGAGAGCUGCAGUGUUUUUAUUUGACAUCUGAUAACUGCAGCUUCACUGUGACUGUUGAAGGCUGCAAAAUCUUUCUGCCUUGUGGAAUUCGGCUGCAUUUCCCUCGAGAAGCAGUUGGCAUAACAACAGACAUCCAUUGCAGGCUGCUUGGGGCUGAUCCAAAGUGGGUGAAGCUGACGCACCAUGAUAUUGUAUUGAGUGAUGUCCUUGAACUGCAGCCUCAUGGAACUGAAUUUCAGCAGGAGGUGUAUAUUUGGAUACCCUAUGUUUCAUCACGUGCCACACGCAGUAGGGAGUUGGUGGUCCGCACCUAUAAUGGACAUAGUUGGAGUGACUUGGAUACUACUGCCUUGGCAAAGCAUAAGCGGAGGUGCAUGGUGUGCUGCAGGGUUUUCCAUUUCUCCUGGUUUCUUGUGGUUUCUCGUAUCGUGGAAGACCAGUGUACAGUUCCUCAGGAGGGAACACUACUCUUCUCCUCUGUGAUUCCUGACAUCAAAGUGACUUUCCCACCUGGAGCUACAGAUGAAACUCGCAGUGUGAAAAUGCAGGUGUUGCCAAUCUCUGCACAAGAGCUGUGUGAGAUCACUGAGGAUCAGGAUUCCAUAGUUAGCCCACUUGUGUGCCUGUCACAAAACACUAAUACGGAUUUCCUUAAACCUGUCAAAAUUCAGCUACCUCUACCACCUGGGGUCACAGGCCUAAAUGUAGACCGCAGCCGAUUGCAUCUUCUCCAUGGAGAUCAGCAAGCUCAAACAUGGACCGAUAUCACCAGCCAGGUGGUACUAGAACUUACACAUCUGUUUGUAUUGUUUGAAGUCAAUCACUUCUCUUGGUACUGGCUCUGGUACACUACCAAGACAUAUGUUGGUGGCAUUGCGAAAAAGGUAUAUGAAAGGCUGAGAAUGUAUCAGGUUAAUUUUAUCGCCCUGCAGAGGAAGAAAGACCCAGAGCAAGUCCUCCUGCAGUGUACUCCUAAACACAAGGUAGAAUCUGUCUUGAAAAAGCUACAUGAUCGGUAUCAUGGACCAGAACCUUCAGAUUUUAUUGGAAUGUUUGAGGGAGAACAGUUUUUUGCAGCCUUUGAAAAGGGAAUUGAGAUUGAUUCAGAUCGUCCUGACUGUGUGGCUGGAAGACUUGUCUUUGUGUUUUAUUCUCAUUUAAAGAAUGUUAAAGAAGUUUAUGUGACAUCUGCAGUUAACAGACAAGAGCAAGCAGUUAAAGGACAGGUUUCCUUUUAUAGAGGAGCUAUUCCUGAAGGUGUACCUGAAGAUGCUGUUAAAAGGAGGAAGGGUCCAGAUUCUCAGUGGAUGGCCACACUGCUUCUUAAAUUGCCAAAACUGAAAUCCCGGUCACAUAAUCCUCAGAGUCCUUCGUACCCACCCUUAAACUUGGGGAAUGCUGAGACUGGUUAUUUGACAGAAGCCAACCUCCUCAGUAUUGCCAGAAGGAUUGGAACAGAAUGGAGAGAAAUUGGGAUGAAUUUGGGCCUAUCAUAUGAACACCUGGAAAGGAUAGGAUACAAUAACAGGGAAGACCUGGAUAGACAGAUUCUGGAAAUGCUCUUUUCCUGGGCUCGGAAGAACAUGGAUGCACCUGACAGUGUAAAGAGACUGAUUGAGGCCAUGCAAGAUAGUGGGAGACAAGAUAUUGCUGAUGAAAUUGAGUCCAUCAUUGAUCUGGGUAAACAGAAGUACCAGGACUCUAUCCGACGAGUGGGACUAGAUCAGGGGAGCAGCACAGAAGACUCUGCCAUUGUUGUAACAUAAUAGAAAGGAAACUAAUUAAGCAAGGCCUUUGCUCAUUUGAUUUGCACAUGGAACUGUGGAAGGAAUUUGUCCAGCAGGUGGUACGGGACAGGAAGGAACUGCACUGAGUAUGCUGCUGUUACCAUGAUACAUUGGGAGCCUGCCAGAUGGUUGUCUUUCCACUAUCAUUGCACAACAGACAUGCCAUAUCCUAAGACCUCCUAAACAUAUUUGUGUUUUUUAAACAACUGAAAGUUUAGGGGCUGGCACAAUAGCACUUCUCUAUAAGGGACAUUCUUUAGCUGGUGGUCACCACUGCACUGGACCAGGAAACUGUGUCUUCUUGACAUUUAUUUUAGUUAAAACUGCAAAAAAAUGCUCUGUGAUAUCCUCUUUAAGAGACAUUCAGUACUUGAAGACUCAGUUGCACUAUCAUCUCAGUUCUGCUGAACUCAUGCAUCAUCUUGCUCAUUUGCAAAUUUCAUUUGACGUUCUUCUGAGAGGGAGAACAUUUCAUUAGGGCUACUGACUGCAGACAUGUAAAUCUUUAUGAACUGAACUGUAAUCUGUGCAUUCAUAAUCUGGAACAGUCAUCCUGAGCAGGUGGAUCUCUACAGUUUAUUCAGGUUUUAAUGGAAUCAGAGAUGAAAUCAGUUCUACUCAAAUCCAGUCUGAUAUAACCUGAGAUAAAAAAGCAUCAUGGAUUUUGA